CAUCGCCAGCAGUCGGAGUGAGGGGAACAGGUUGAGAGGAACUGGAGGCUUGUACAUUCAAAUAUUGUUGGUUGCAUAUUGUAACCGGUCACAACACGCAAGCUGGAAGGGCUCAGCGCAGCCUGGGUGCCCAGGGAUCCACUGCCUGAGUGUGGGGAGAGCUGUGGCCGAGACCCCAGAGACAUGAAUCACACCAAGGGCGGCCUGGUCAUCUUUACCGCAAACUCUCACCCCUCCAGCCGCGAGAUGGGCAAGAGGAUCGCAGAGCGGUUAGGGGUGGAGCUUGGCAAGGUGCAGGUGUACCAGGAAGCUAACAGAGAAACGAGGGUGCAGGUUCAAGAGUCGGUGCGAGGCAAAGAUGUCUUUGUGAUCCAGACGGUGUCCAAAGAUGUGAACACCACCAUUAUGGAGAUGCUGAUCUUGGUGUACGCAUGCAGGACAUCCUGUGCCAGAAGCAUCACAGGCGUCCUCCCCUACUUCCCCUACAGCAAGCAGUGCAAGAUGAGGAAGAGGGGCUCCAUCGUCACUAAGCUCAUCGCCUCCAUGAUGUGUAAAGCAGGUCUCACCCACCUGAUCACCAUGGACCUCCAUCAAAAAGAGAUUCAAGGCUUCUUUAACAUCCCUGUGGACAAUCUGAGAGCGUCCCCCUUCCUGCUGCAGUACAUCCAGGAGGAGAUUCCCGACUAUAGAAAUGCUGUAAUUGUUGCCAAAUCUCCAGCUUCUGCCAAAAGAGCUCAGUCAUUUGCUGAGCGGCUGCGUCUGGGUAUAGCAGUGAUCCACGGUGAAGCACAGGACGCAGAGUCGGAUCAGGUAGACGGACGUCACUCCCCACCAACCGUCAAGACCACUGGAGCCAUUCACCCCAGCAUGGACAUACCAUUGUUGAUCCCGAAAGAGAAGCCUCCAAUUACUGUGGUAGGCGAUGUAGGAGGCCGCAUUGCAAUCAUAGUGGAUGACAUCAUCGAUGAUGUUGACAGUUUUGUUGCAGCAGCCGAAACUUUGAAGGAAAGAGGAGCCUAUAAGAUCUUCGUCAUGGCGACACAUGGCAUCCUCUCAUCUGAAGCUCCUAGAUUCAUAGAGGAGUCGGCUAUUGACGAGGUGGUGGUGACCAACACAAUACCCCACGAGCUCCAGAAGCUCCAGUGUCCCAAGAUAAAAACAGUGGACAUCAGCAUGAUCCUGUCGGAGGCCAUCCGCCGCAUACACAACGGCGAGUCCAUGUCCUACCUGUUCCGCAACAUAGGAGUGGAUGACUGACCAACCUGUCCAGCACACAUUAUCACACACACACACAAAAUCACACGUGCCAUUUGCGUAUUUAGAUCUCUUCAGAAACAUAAGUUUGAAUGUUAAACACUGAAGUUACCACACACACACACACACAUACACACACACACACACACGCACACACUCUCUCUAAAGAUUCCAUGUCCAUAAUUUCAAUAUAAAUGCUAACUCUUUCCUUUGAGUGCAGCUUACCAUAGACCAUGACUGAAAAAUAAACACUUGCACAUAGACCUCUGCUCACUAGUCUCGUUACAUAGCUGUGACUGAACACACGGAUCUGAGUGUGGCUGCCCUUAUCUGCUGUCAAUUUAACUUUAUUGUACUGUUACCGUUUUUCUUUCUGUAUCGCCAUCUCAUCUGCAUAACAUGUUCUAUUUAUGUCUCCAUAGAAAUUACUGUCUGCGUUAGCACAUGGCGUUGUUUUUAGCACUGAAUGUCUCUUGAAGAACAGUCCUACUUCCUCAUCUUCACACGGGCAAUAUUCCUCUGACAUGGAAUCAGGUUGUGAAGCUCAAAUGCUGUUAUUAUUCAUAUAGAAUGUAUGAACGUGGGGGGAGGGGGGUCUGACCAUUUGUUGUCAUUUAACUUCUUUGGGUUGAUCAUUAACUGGAACUCAAAGAGUAGUACAGGUCUAGAUCGACUUUGGAACGUAUUUCAAAUCAAAAGAAAAUGUGCAUAUCAGCUACUGCUGGACAGCCGCUAACGUUAGUAUUCAACCAAUCCCUAGCUCACUUUAUCGUAGCUAUGUAUUCACACUCCUCUUAUCCUGCUGUGUAAAAUAUCAAACUGUGAUAUAAUCUAGAAAGUGACUGAACGCCAUGAUUUUCUGUAUUUUUAGAUGGAAGCUAACAAUAAUGUGACCUUUUCUCACGUAACAAAAUAUUUGAGUUUCCCAUCCUGAGCAUGUGGUCAGAAAAAAAUGGCUGCUGUGUUAAUAUGGUGAUUUUCUUAUAGUAACAGUAAGAGUGCCAGUGCCUUCUCCAGGACAUAAAAUUCACAGGCCUUCACUGCUCCAAUACACAACCGUCUCAUAGCUAACAUAGCAGAGGAACAAUGCUCUCGUAUGAAUGUUCCCAGCUGAUUACUUCAUACAGACUUAUUGUAUUGCAUGUUUAACCCUCUGUCAUUUUCAUGUGCUUUCUGAACGUGCUACUUAAAACAUUAGUUGAGACUCCAGAUAGGUAGCCAUAUGUUUAAGUAAUAGCGGUAGCAUCAAGGACUCUUAAUUUGUUGUCAAAUUUAGUUGUUGCUCAAGACAGAUUUCUUUGUUCAUUUGGACAAUACAAAGACUUAUGGCAGUUCACUUGUGAAAUAUGUAUAAAUGUAACCCUGUGUGCCAUUUUUCAAAGAUUGCUCAUAUUAGAUGUUUGUUUAUGCCAGAAAUAAGUUGUUCCCUUUCAGCUAGAGGGCUCUGCUCUGAAGAAACCUAACGAAGUUAGCUUUUCAGCAUUCAGAUGCAGUUUUAGAAGGACGUGGUUUACCCAAAUAAUUUAGAAAUUGGUAAAUUAAUCUUUUAUCAUAAGGUCAUUUUAUGAGAGACUGAAGUUUGCUUACACACAUUCUACCUGAGUUUCCUAAAAAAACGAAGUUCCGAACUACAGCUGAAGCUGGACAAAUAAAAUGACCCUUUUUCUGAUGAGCAAAACUUGACUGAAGCAGGUCUUUGUCACUUUACAAGAUGUGUUUCAAAAUGUUUUGUAUUUAUUUUCGGCACUUCAAUGAAUAAAUACGACCUCUUAAAGUAAA